GUAGGCUAGCUGUUUAAUGUAACCCCCGUCAUUCUGAAGCGCUGCUGCAGCGCCAUCUGGACUCAACACAGCGACACUACUCUACAUCUUCCAGAAGAAUGGAGGAAAUUGACAUAAAGCUCAGAGCUGAUGGCAUUCAGAAAAAAGUCACCUCUCCUGGAAAAGGAGAACUUUCGACGUUUCCCGAUGGAACAAAGGUGAAGUUUCAUUACCACACUAGCCUUUGCGAUGGCACUGUUUUGGAUGACUCCAGGACAAUGGGAGGUCACAGUAAACCUAUGGAGCUCAUACUGGGGAAGAAGUUUAAGCUUCCUGUAUGGGAGCAAGUGGUUACCACUAUGAGAGAGGGUGAAAUUGCUGAGUUCACCUGUGAUGUCAUGCACACAGCUCUCUACCCUCUGGUUUCUCGGUCACUACGCAACAUCAGCCAUGGAAAAGACCCUCUGGAAGGACAGAGACACUGCUGUGGAAUAGCUCAGGUUCACUCGCAUCAUUCUAUGGGUCACCCCGAUCUGGAUAAUUUGCAGGCUAAUCCUCAGCCUCUAGUUUUUACUCUGGAAAUGCUAGAGAUCUUGCCCCCUGGAUCCUUCCAAUUGGAAAUUUGGGCAAUGACAGAUGAGGAGAAAAUGCAGGCCAUACCACAUAUCCAUGAGGAUGGAAAUGCGCUCUUCAAGAGUGGAGAUAUUACAGCAGCUGCUGAGAAGUACUACAGUGCCAUAGCUUGUCUGAAGAACUUACAGAUGAAGGAGCGUCCGGGUGAUGACCAUUGGAUCAAACUAGAUCUCAUGAUCACUCCUCUCCUCCUCAACUAUUGCCAGUGCAAGAAUCUUUUGGGCCAGUACUAUGAGGUUUUGGAGCACUGCUCUUCUAUCAUCAACAAAUACGAUGGUAAAUAUCAAAACCAAGCAUAAAUUCUUUAAGGGUUU